UUUUCCUCAGCAGCCAGUAGUCAGUCUCUCUCUCUCUCUCUCUCUCCCUCUCUCUCUCACACACACACACACACACACAGGAUUCAGCUCGGCUUAUUAGAGUCGAGCAGGAGCCAGGCGCAGUCAGUACACAGCUACAGAGCAAAGGUUGCUGGUGAGGCAAUCAAGCAGAGGUAAUCUUUUCAUUUUCCGGGGAAAACAUGAGUGUGAGUGUUGAUGAACUGAGUGUCGACUCAGCAGUAGAGGAAGUGGUUUGCUGCAAGUUGUAGCAAGCCAGUGCACAGCCCAGCCCUAUGCAGAGGGGAGGGUGCUCACAAUAAACAUCCCUUUUCCUCAUACUUCAAAUUUCAAGUUGACACAUUGUUUAGGUGUAACAGCGUGAGAGAAAUUUGCUAAAGUUUUCUACUCAGAAUAGCUCUACUUGUGGGAGGAAAAAGUGGAAGCAGUGGGUUGAGUCAUUCAGCGAGCUUCAGCCUGACAGUGUGCUCUGUCGGGGGGGUUUCCACACAGCGACACUCCCAGCUCACACUGAGUGACACUAGAGGUAAACUUGGAUGUGUGUGUGUGUGUGUGAGACGGGGUUUCUGACGCAGUGUGACAUCAGCACUGUUUGUGCGUGCGUUGGCAUUCAUGAGUUUGUGGUAGGAAGAGCCGAUCGUAUCAGCCUGAGCGACUGCAGCUGUGCUUCCUGUUUACACUGACAGAGGUCAACUCCAUCCCUGCUGACACCUGUCAACACAGGCUGUUGCCGUGGAGACGUUGAGGAGCCAGAAUAAGGAGGCGUGAAGGAUUCCCCAGACAGACAGUGAGAGGGGAGUACAGAGGACACAGGAUGGACCGGCAGCAGCACGCCAAAGUGGAGCGCUUUCUCAAACUGGGAUAUUCUCACAGUGACAUCCUGAGGGUGCUGGAGAGCCUCCGCCAGGACGCCCAGACCAAUGACAUCCUGGAGGAGCUGAUAAAGACCUGCCACACUCGCAGCAACAAGAGCGUCCCCAACAGCCCCCGGCUGGUUCCCAGAGGCUGCAGCCCGGGGCCCGCAGAGCCCAGAGUCGGGCCCCACAGAGAGCCACCUGCCGGCUUCAGAGCUGUCGUCAUUGACGGGAGCAACUUGGCCAUGAGCCAUGGCAACAAGAAGGUGUUUUCAUGCCAGGGCCUCCAGCUGGCAGUGAACUGGUUCUGGGACAAAGGGCUGCGAGACAUCACCGUGUUCGUCCCCCUGUGGAGGAAGGAGCAGCCGCGGGCCGAGGCCCCCAUCACAGAUCAACACAUUCUCCACGAGCUGGAGCGGAGGAAGAUCCUGGUGUACACGCCGUCUCGCUGCGUGAACGGGAAGAGGGUGGUGUGCUAUGACGACCGCUACAUCGUGAAGCUGGCCUUCGACUGCGACGGCAUCAUCGUUUCCAACGACAACUACCGCGACCUGCAGACCGAGAGCCCGCAGUGGAAGAAGUUCAUAGAGGAGAGGCUACUCAUGUACUCCUUCGCUAAUGACAAGUUCAUGCCUCCAGACGAUCCGCUGGGGAGAAACGGCCCCACCAUCGAUGACUUCCUGUGGAAGAAGCCCUGGAGCCCAGACAACAAACUGCAGCACUGUCCUUACGGAAAGAAGUGUACUUAUGGAGUCAAGUGCAAGUUCUACCACCCGGAGCGGGCCCACCAGUCCCAGCUGUCUGUGGCUGAUGAGCUGAGGGACCGAGCCAAGAACUUCUCUGGCCAGCCGAGCCUACCGGACACACACUGCAGAAACACCCCCCCGCUUCUCAGCACAGACGAUCUGUCCCUCAGGGCUUCCCCCAGUGAGCUCUCGGUCUUCCACAGAGACAGCAGCAGCCCCCACAGCCAGCCCAGCACCAGCCUCCGCCUCUGCUCCAGCCCCGAGGCGGACGAGGCCUUCAGCUCCAUGGAGAGCUCCAUGUCCAGGCUCUACAUCCAGGACAGUGUGGAGCGCCCCCUCCACAGCUACAGCAGCGGAGUGGGCAGCUACAGCAGCGGAGUGGGCAGCUACAGCCACGACUGCUCGCUCUCAGGCUCCUUCAGCGGUCCCUGCCUGAGUGGCGGAGCAGAUUUCUACCCUCAGCACCAUACCUCAGUGCCCUGCCUACGCCCUGUGUGCAGCUGUGCUCAUCUUCAGACUAGAUCGCCCCCCCACCACCAUCACCACCACCACCCCCCAGCAUGGGGCUCCUGCCCAGCUCUGCCUCCACAUAACAGGGAGCUUCCUGUACACUUGGCAGAGCCGCAGUACAGACGGAACCUCGGUCCACAGAGGGAGGCAUGGCUGCAAGGCAGAGCCAGGAGCCCGGUUGCAGAGCAGAGAGGGGGCUUGCGCAGUCAGCUGAGCACCCUGUUCCCUCAGGGCGCGGUGGAGCAGGUCAUGAAUACCUACCCUCACAUCUCAGACGUGACCCAGCUGAUCUCUCUUAUCCAGAACUACAGGAGCAGCCACGUCUCCUUCUAGAUUACAAACCAUCUCACAUCCCUCAGGACAGAGACAUAGAGAAAGUCUUCUUCUCUUAUUAUAAUUCCUACCAUGUCCCUGUGCUACCACAACUCGCCCUGCAUCUAAAGCAUUACAACAUGACUAUGUAGCAGACUGAAAGCUCUUUCUCUCGUGUAAAAGUGCAAUGCACAACACUCAAUUCAUGUUACUUAUUGUAACAGUAAAACAUUUGAAUAAAGCAGCAUGUGUUGUUUUCUAAUGUUGCCUCAAAGUGAGGAACUGUAUUAUACUAAUGUGUACUUUUGUUAAGAAUGACAGUGCCUUUUUUUAACUGAAUAUUGUCAAAUAAACUGUUUAUGAUCGCACCACCAGACACCAAAUAGCUUCCUUGUAUGUGUAAACGUACCAGGCAAUAAACUUGAUUCUGAUUCUGAUAAAA